GACCUGAACAGCAGCCAGCUAACCUCUGACUCCUACUACAUUCCCGUGACCCCUGACCAUCGACCUUUGACCGCUCCACCAGAGGAUGAGCUUUCAUUCGCCGACAUCAUGGAGAUCCACCGUGCGAAAUACCAGCGCUCCGUGUCUGCUGUGGAAUCCCCCAUUCGUCAGAGCCCAAGAAGUCCGACCAAAAGUUACGCCAGUAAUUACGCAAUGUACCAUGGGAAGAGUCCGCUGAGGGAUUAUGAAAACGAUGAUGGCGUUGCUCAACAAGAGCAUUAUGGGAUGCCAGAAGCAAGGCAUUAUGAGAGGGUCCCUGCUAAUUACCUUGGAGCAUCUCCAAGGUCAUCGCCAAGGACAAAAGAGAGAAGGUAUGAAAGGUACGAUGCGAGGCCUGAAGGACAGAAAAGAGAGACGUCUCCUCACCUCUCUCCUUCUUCAAGAGUCCUGCGGUACGACACACCUGACUCCAGACCUGCGGCAGGACUAAGAAGCUCACCUGACAGGUACAGGACAGGUAAAGAUGAGAGGCUAUCCCAGCAUGCCUCGCCCACAGCGAGACAGUCAAGGUAUGAUGCGUACGAUGCUCAGGCUGUGGGCACACCGAAAAACGUUCCAGCGUCCACCGACUCUCCAGCAAAAGACAAACCAUUUUCUAUCCAAGAUCCAAGCUCAGGAAGGAGUGCCUUCAGAUCACCAAAGCCACAGCUGGUCCAAAAUCCCGAUACCUCAGCAUAUGCCAACUAUGAUGCCAGACCUGUUGGACACGCACCCACAGUGAAACCGACAAUGAACAGUCCCCCUGCCACAAAAGUUCAAUCCCCUGUGCCCGUGAAACACAGACCGAAAGUUAAGAGUCCCGGCAAGAGUCCUAUCAGUCCCAAAAAUGUCAGCAAGAAGAGGAUGUUUCCUUACGACCGCAAACCCAGCACUGACAGCGACUCUGAGAACAUAAAACCAGGCGAAUCCUUCCCUGCUAAAGAACUGUCUCAUGUCAAGGAUAUCGUCUCAGGAAAGAGAAUUAAAAAGGCAUCAACACAGCCUGAGGGAGAAAGACGAGGUGUAGAAGAUCUCAGCCCGAUGCUCGGGAAGAAAAGCGAGCUUCCCAAGUGGGCACAGCUGGAGGGAGAGCUGAAGAGUUCAUCCAGUUUUGAGAUCAGCUACGACCAGAUCAAGAAGAUCACCGACCAGGAGGUCAAACAGACGAAAGCUGCCACUCAAAUCCAGUCCUGGUGGAGGGGGGUGUACACCAGACAGAACAGCCCGCGGGUGGGGAAGGUACGGAGCCAGAUCCGGGCGAAGAGGGCUGAGGACCACGUCAGGAGGCUGGGGACUGAGCUGGACAAGUGCAAGCAGCAGUACGAACAGGAGAGGCAGGUGCGGCAGCUGCAGAUGGAGGCUAUUAAGUAUCUCUGGAUGCAGGUCCAAAGCCUUCAACAGUGGCGAGAAGAGCAACUGAAGAAGGAAGAAGACGUCAAGCGGACGCUGAGAAAAUCCAUCGAGAAAGAAAACUCAGAACAACCAGAAAAAACAGCCAGUAGCUCCUCCGAGUCUUCCCAGGCAGAAACUGCGGAGGUGGGAGAAGGGAAAGCUGAGUCAGUGAAAGAGAAAGUAAGGUUGGGAGAAGUUGGACCUGGCGAGAAGUUUGCAGGAAGUCCGCUGCAGACUGACAAAGAGAGGCAGCUGGAAAACAGGUGUGCUGAUUUACAGAGACAGGUUCUAAGACUCCAAGAGGCUCUGCUUGCUCUGUCUGACCAUGUCUUUAAGGAACAAGACAAGGAAGAAGACGAGACAAAGGUUCCUUCAGUACCAAGUGAAGAUAGAGGGAUUCAACUAGCAGCCAUGGAACUGGCCAAUCAGAGCACUUUUAUCCCAACCGAUGGAGACCAGCCUGUGACAGCUUCACCAGCCAAUCAGAUUGGAAGCAUGGUGAUGGCUUCCCCACCCCCUCCCCCCGGCUUCCCCACCCCCCCUCGUGCCUUACGGAUCCAGAAGAGCGGAGAAUCGGGCAUCAUCAUCGCCUGGCAACCGUCGCGAGUCCCCGGCAGUCUGGAGACGGUUACAGAGUACAGGAUAUUUGUGGACUCCACACUGAGUGGCACGGUUGAUGGUAAGAAGACUCGUGCUCUGAUCGAGGGGUUAGACCCACAGGAAACCUACAGAAUCUCUGUCCGGGCGGUUUCGAGGGCCGGAGAGUCUCUGGACUCGAACCCUGUGGUGGCUCAGAUCGCCAUAGCAACCUCCAUGACUGACAGCAGCAGCUCCGACUCUGAGUCCGAGCUCAGCAGAACCGUGGAGGAGGUUAAGGAGAAUCUGUCGACCGGUCAGAAAGUGCCUUCAGCGGAUGAAGGAAAGACGGAUGCAGUUCCAGAAGCAGAGAAUCUUAAAGACUUACAUGUAAGUGGUGAAAAGACUUCUUCAGGUUUGAAGCCACAAGAAACAAACAUUUCACAAAGUGGAGACAAAACAAACAGCAAAGAACAGCCUGAGUCAAAGAUGACUGAAUCUGCGGAUGAGCAGACACAGGAAGGUCUUGGGUACCACCCUGUGAGGCAGGAAAGUAUUGAUAUAGAGAUCGUUGAGGAGAGAAGACCUUCGCAACAAGUCGAUGUGGUACAGAAACUCCUGCAGGCGAUCAAGGCAGAAGAUGACCAGGACAGCAACCGUAGCACUCCUGUUGAGGAGUUGGAUCCUAUAAAACUUCACUUGGUGCAGAUCGAGGACUCACUGGAUUCCUCAAUACAAGAGCUGCAGAAGAGUUUGCCUGCUUCUCCCAAACAGACAUCAGCCCCUGAUUCGCCAGCAGUAGGUUUCUUUCAGGCAAACAUAGCUCGACGUUCGACUUCACCUGAUUCUUCACAGUUAGACUCAGAUUUAGUACAGCUGAGUGAUUCCCUGAGUAGCUCGAUUGAAGCAGUCAAGGAGACACUGAAGAAAGAGGAUAAGACUUCUCCCGAAACAAGUUUGCAAGGAGACUCAUCAGACUUACAAGGAACAAGCAGUAACCAUAGUGACCAAGACAGUGAACAGCAGCCCACUCAAGAAAGUCAGCCACCUCCACUUCACAGCAUCUUGCAGUCAUCUCUGAGAAAAUCUGCAUCUUCAAAGGAUCACCUUGGAAAGCCUACCUCAGACAGUUCCUUCCAGGAUUCGGGUAUUGCGAGCCCUUCUCUGUUAGAGAGUCCUGUGCAGCAAAACAUUGGAACAGCCAGGAAAAUCUCAGAAGACAGCUCUGACCAGGUGUCAGAAAAAUCUUUGCAAGAAGAGAAAGUUGACAAACCUAUGGAGAGGCCACAAGAUAAACAGCCAAUGGAACUCAGUGACUCAACCACGGCAGCUUGUCCAAGUGAAACAUCACUUCAAACAGCAAAACCGCAACAACCAGUUGAUUUGCUUGAGUCUACAAAUGUAAGCAAGUCUGAGCCAACCUUACAAACAGAGAAGGUGCAGGCAGCUACAAAAGAUGUCACCUCUGUGCCUCAGAAGCCAGAGAGCGCACAAAGCCAGACACAACAACUAGGCUUACCUAGACUGAGUGUUGGAGUAUCACCAAGCUCUUCCCUUCAGAUUACCAACAAGUCCGCGGAGGAAUCUUCACCAUUAAAUCCUGUGAAAGAGGCCGCCACAGGGUCUACAAGACGCCCUGUGAAGCUACAAACGUCUUUAAGAGACAGGUCUCUGUCAGAAGGAGAAGAAAAAGGCGCUUCUGGCUCUGACAAGGGAGCUAGUGCCAGUGGGACAUUGUCGAGGGAAAGGACUCGGUCAGUGGGAUCUGAAAAGGACGACACUCCGUCACUCCAGUCCCCCACUGCCAUUCCCCGACCAGUUCUGUUCAAAACAUCACCAAGGAAAGACAAGUCAAGCCCCUUGUCAACAUCAGUGGAGGAUUUGACCUUGGCGGCCCGCAGAGCACGUUCAAGGUCAUCCUUCUCUCCGACCAAGAGCCCUCUCCGGUCGAGGUCCAUCUCUCCCAAUAAGCCAAUCAAAGGCAGCCGCAUCCCCGUCCGCAGCAAAUCAGAGAAGGAGCUGAGCAAAACCUCCUGAAUCAGCCAAUCACAGGAAGGUUGGCAAAGUGUUGACCAAUCAGGAGACCAUCUUCGGAGACUUUCCAUUUUAAACCUCCUGAACCAGCCAAUCACAGGAAGGUUGUCAAAGUGUUGACCAAUCAGUAAACCAGUUUCUGAGACUUUCCAUUUUAGCCAAUCACAAAGCAGGGUUGACAAGCUGUUGACCAAUCAGGAAACCAGUACUUUCCAGUCCAGCCAAUCUCAGUCGGGCUGGAAAACUCUUGACCAAUCAUAAUACCUAAAGACAUUUCUAUUCAUCCAAUCACAAAUUAGCUGAAAAGUUGGAAGGGAAGUCUACUUUUCCUGUGAUCCAAAAAUAAUUUUGCAGACCAGUUUACAGACCACUGCAACUUUUCUUAAAAUGAAAAUGUGAAAUAAUUCUCUAUUCCUGUAUGUACAUACGAGUGGUUGAAAACAUUAACUUUUUUGUGCUUUCCUCCAAAAAAUCAUUCAUGUGAGAAAUGGACACUUCUUUGUUGUCGUUAUUGUAUUGAUUUUAAGAAUAUUCUAGCUAUGAA